GUUCAUUCGUUGUUCUGAUAGUCCCUUCGCGGACGUCAAUCGGUUCACUAUUCGCUCCGUGCGCGGAUUCUUAAUUUUCCCGCCAAAUUCGUAACAAAAUCGAGUGUAAGAUUACCCAUAAAUUAUCAUUGGACCAAGAAAUUUACUGCAAGUUUAUCACAUUUUUUCAUUACGAAAUCGCUUUGCAGUUUUCUUCAAUUAAUGGAAUAAUAGUGGAAAGUAUUUGAUAUUUUAAAGAUGAAGAAUUAUAAUUUACACGACAGUGGAUUAAAAUAUUAUGCGAGUGGAUCGUUUCCUUAGUGAUAAUAUUGAUAAUGACUAUUAUAUGAUGCCAUGACUGAAUAGUGAAAAAUGACAGCGAUGGAAGGAAAGCCUGUGCAGCAGCCAAGAGUUAUUUAUUAUCUCAUUUUUGUGCAAUUUUGGUUACAAGUUAUUGCAUUUAUCUAUCUUUAUUUAUACGUUGUGAGGGUGGAUUCAGAGUUGAAAGUUUGCAAUAAAAUUUUAUCUCAUGCACCUGUUGAAAAUGAAAAUUUAAUACGGCAGAAGCGAAGCAGCGCACUUCCGGCAGCAGAAGACAAUGCAGUUUUAGAAGUCUAUAGGGUUCGGGAAGACAAAGAUCUUCUGAAGGAAACGAAGAAAGCUACAGUUGCCCCGAGUGAACCCAUUCCGGUACCCCUUAACAGACAGGAAUGGGUUGAAGUAACAACCGAUACGCGCAUCCCGGUGGAAACCAUCCAGGCAUAUUGUCGAAAGUUCAGAGACAGUUGUCCAGCUCCAGCCCCUGGACAUCCAGGACCUCCUGGACCUCCUGGAGAUAGGGGACUUCCUGGACAUCCAGGUGCUGACGGCCCUGAAGGACCGCCUGGACUUCCAGGAUAUUCUGGAGAGCGUGGUUUGAAGGGCGACCCUGGACCUCCAGGACUCGAUGGAAGAGAUGGGGUUCCUGGGGAACCAGGCUUGGAUGGAAUUCCGGGACGAAUAGGUCACGACGGGAUUCCCGGUAAAGACGGAAAAGAUGGAAUUCCUGGCAUCCCUGGUCGCCCUGGAAAGAAUGGAAUCGAUGGAAUUCCUGGCCAAAAGGGAGAUGCUGGUCCUCAAGGUCCAAGAGGAAUGCGUGGACUUGCGGGGCCAAAAGGUUUGCAGGGACCUCCGGGACAAGAUGGAAAGCCAGGAGUUGUAGUUUACGAAAGAAAACUAAGUAAUGGUACCAGAACUACUGAACUUCUCCGUUCACCCACCAUUCCCACUACCCGUAUGAACCUUUUUUACACAGUACAUGAGGGAGAACCUGUACGUCUGGAAUGUGGAGCUCAUGGAAAUCCACCCCCGAACAUUACAUGGCAAACAUCGAAUGGAAUGAUUCUAAAGGGAGUCUACAAAUACAACAGAAUGGUCGGGAAUCCCUUGAACAUAACUGAAGUCAGCCGUGAACAUACAGGGGAUUACAUAUGCACUGCAGACAAUGGUAUACCUCCGAACGCGAACCAAACGAUCAAACUCCAAGUCCAAUUUCCUCCAUUCAUUACUGUUCACACUCAGACAAUUCGAGUUCGAAAUUCGAAUCCUGCUGUGCUUGAGUGCGAAGUUGAAGCAUUUCCAGAACCAGACACGUAUUGGAUUCGAGAUGAUGGCCGCCGUCUCGAACCGCCAGAAAAGUAUCGUACCGAGGUCAUUGGUAGACGUAAUGGUUACAAGAUCACGAUGAAGUUGCAUAUUAUGAAGGUACAACAAUGGGAUUAUGGAAAGUAUCAUUGCGUCGCCAAAAAUAACGUCAAUACCACAAAAGGAACUCUUACGCUUACUGGUCUGACACAAAAGAUGGAUGAUUUAAGUAAUACGCAACAGCAGCAAGCUUUCUUUGGAAAACCUCCUCCACCAAGAGUGGAUCAUGAGUCUUAUUGUCCGCCACAAAUCAAUUGCGACUCGUGCCCGAACGUCAAAUGCACAUAUAAAGACAUAGUUCAUCCUUUGGAUAAAAGUUUAACAAAUCUAUCAUUAUCACCAUUGCCUCCUAGAGUGGCUGAGGGUGUACUAGAUGCAAUUGGAAAGCCUGUAUUUAAAGGAGAAAUGGACGAUAUUCAUGGAGCUUGGAUGUACGAUACAGUUCCAAGAUCUGAGAGAGUCGCAGACAAGUUAUGGGUCACUCGCAUUAAUAACACGUCAUUUAUUUAUGAAUAUAAUAAAAGAGAAGACUAUAAUCCCAUGAACUUUGGAAAAGAAAUUAGGCUUGAUCCACCCUUCGCUGGAAAUGCGCACGUGGUUUACAAUGGGUCCUUCUUCUACAAUCCGGAAAAUCAACCAUGUAUCCAGAGAUAUGAUCUCUUCCCUCAUCAUCAACCUCAAGCGGGUCCAAUGAUCAAUCUGAAAAUCCAACUACCUGGUUUGGUUGUCAAAACCAAGAACUUUCUUUACACCUCAGAUGUGAACUACGUCGACUUCGACGUCGAUGAAAACGGUUUAUGGGCCAUUUAUGGAACACCUUCAAAUACUACUGUAGUAGUGAAGGUUGAUCCAGUUGCGAUGAAGUUGCAACGCAUUUGGAACAUUACUAUCGAUCACCAUAAAUUUGGCGAAAUGUUUAUUGCUCGAGGCGUACUAUACGCAGUACAUAGCGUAACUGAAGACUCUAUGAAAAUACGACUGGCCCUAGACUUGUACAAGAAUCUGCCUCUGGAUGUCAGUUUACAAUUCACAAAUCCAUAUCACAAGACCACAAUGAUAGGAUACAAUUCCAGAACAAAGGAGUUAUAUACGUGGGACAAAGGAACUCAACUAGCAUUUCCGGUGAAGUAUCAAGAAUAUUAUGGGAAUGCGACGAGAGAAGAAAAUUAAUUUUUUUUACUGAAUGCAAAGUAAAUGUACAGUAUAAAUGAAUUUUUACUUCAAAAAUUACGUGCUGACACGAAUUUUUCAUUUAUUUGUAGCAGGAUUAUCUGACGAAUACUAGUCAAGCUACCUCUAUAAUUUAGCUUGUAUAAGUUCCUUCAGUAAUCAUACUAAGUCGUCUACGAUGGAAAAGUCUAAGCCAGAGUUUCAAGUUUCGAAUACGUUAAAAAUUGAUUACCAACAAUGUUUAAGCAGGAUUCACAAUGUAAUCAUGAAUUAAGCAUGAGAACUGCUAAAUAUAGUUCUCCAGAAGUAAGAAAAAUUUUAA